GGUUAUUUCAAGAUGCUGUGUGCCUUUUAUUUGCUCUGAUAACUGCAGCUGCAAUUUGCUGCAGCUACGUAAGUGAGGGUUUUGAUAGUGAACUCUUGUCGGUGGUGGAUCGUGGAGCUCUUUUUUUUUUGUUGAACACCGUUGUAAUAAUUUCGUGGUCUGUAGACUUUCUUUUGAUUACUCGGUUGAAAUGCCUUUGGGUAUAAAACCGUGCUGUACCGUCUGUAAGACGAACUCUUCCUCGAUGUGGAAGAAGGGGAACCAGGGUGAAAUACUGUGCAACAACUGCACAGGGAAGAACACCAGCAGCAUCGGCGGCGGGGGAGCCUCUGGACCCGCCGUGUCCACCAGCACAAUACCCAGUAACGGCGGUGGAAAACAGUCUAAACAGGAGAUCCACAGGAGGUCUGCCCGACUAAGAAGUACCAAGUACAAAGCUCCUGCCUCUGAGAAAAAAGUCUCAACAAAAGGCAAAGGAAGAAGACACAUAUUCAAACUAAAAAAUCCGAUCAAAGCACCAGAAUCUGUGUCAACAAUCAUUACAUCAGAAUCUAUAUUUUACAAGGGUGUGUAUUACCAGAUAGGUGAUGUGAUCAGGGUAAUAGAUGAAGACGAUGGAAAGCCGUACUAUGCUCAGAUCCGAGGGUUUGUGCAGGACCAGUACUGUGAGAAGAGUGCGGCUCUGACGUGGCUCAUCCCCACUCAGGCCAGUCCAAGCGACCACUUUGAUCCAGGGACAUACAUCAUCGGCCCAGAGGAAGAUCUGCCCCGAAAAAUUGACUAUUUGGAGUUUGUGUGCCACGCGCCUUCUGAAUAUUUCAAGUCACGCAGCUCUCCGUUCCCCACCAUCCCGCUAUGUCCCGAAAAAGGCUUCAUCUGGACCCACAUAGGACCCACAUCAGUGCUGGCUGCCAACGAGUCUAUCAGCAGCUCCAGUUAAUAGGACUUUCAGACACAUGGACCUUUUCUGUUGCUUUGAAACAGAUGAAUGUAAAUAUGUGUAUGUAUAGAGAAAACAAACUUAUUCCAGUUAAAGGGAAGUUGCAAUCGGAUUCAGGACAAACCAUUUGUAAGUACAUUUAAAGUAACAGUUUAUGCAGCUUAAAAAUACUUUUGUAUUUGACAAUAAAAAAAAAAUCAACUUGUAGCAGUUGUGCUUUGAUCAGAUAAUAAUAGAUUUGUCACAAGUAGUAUUGAUAGUUUAUGUUCUACCUGUGGAGUCUGUGGGAACAUCCAGUUCUCUCAUAGCAAAAACAACACCAGAGGCUCCACUCUUGGCCCCCUGAUGGGUCCAUUUCCAGUGCUAAUUAAAUGCUCCAUUCACCACCUGA